AUGAGGGGCUUGGUGGUGCUGCUUUGCGUGGUGGCGACGGCAAAUGCCGUCUCCUUCUUCGACCUACUCAAGGAGGAGUGGAACGCCUUUAAGAUGGAGCACAAGAAGGAGUACAGGAGCGAGAUCGAAGACAGGUUCCGGAUGAAGAUAUACGCCGAGAACAAGCACAAGAUAGCGAAGCACAACCAGCGCUUCGCCCAGGGCCUUGUCACUUACCGCCUGAAGCUUAACAAGUAUUCCGACAUGCUGCACAUCGAGUUUGUGCACACCAUGAACGGCUUUAACAGGACCGUGAGGAGCAACCAUACCCUCUACGGCAAGGGCUCAGAGCACCGCAGCGCCACCUUCCUGCCGGCGGCGAACGUCCGCUACCCGGAGCAGGUGGAUUGGCGCGAGCAGGGGGCCGUCACCGACGUCAAGGACCAGGGCAGGUGCGGCUCCUGCUGGUCAUUUAGCACGACCGGCGCAUUGGAGGGCCAACACUACCGCAAGACCGGCAAACUGGUCUCCCUCUCGGAGCAGAACCUGGUGGACUGUUCGACCGCUUACGGGAACGAUGGCUGCAACGGCGGCAUGAUGGACAACGCCUUCAAAUACAUAAAGGACAACCGCGGGAUCGACACUGAGCGCAGCUACCCCUACGAGGCGGUGGACGACAAGUGCCGUUACAACCCCAAGAACUCCGGUGCCGAGGACGUGGGCAUCGUGGACAUCCCUAGCGGCCACGAGGAGAGGCUGAUGCAAGCGGUGGCAACCGUGGGGCCCGUUUCUGUAGCCAUCGACGCAUCUCACGACAGCUUCCACCUCUACUCUGACGGCGUCUACUACGAGGAGAACUGCUCUACCGACAACCUGGACCACGCGGUGCUGGUGGUAGGGUACGGCACCGAUGAGAACGGUGGCGACUACUGGCUGGUGAAGAACUCCUGGGGCCUCUCUUGGGGCGAACAGGGCUACAUCAAGAUGGCGCGGAACCGCGACAACAACUGCGGCAUCGCUAGUGUCGCCUCCUACCCCCUCGUC